AUCACAUUAAACGGGGUAUACCCUACUUGAGAAAUCAAAAUUUGUCUUCAACCAACUACGGACUUAAUAUUUAGGGAUUGCUGGUAAUUUAGGGGACUCUUCAUAAAACUGGGUUAAUUUAAUUUAAUUUAUUACUAUUUCGCUGCUUUUAAGCUGGUUUUUUACAAUCAAUUGUGGAGUUUUUACGACAGAUUUCACAGCUUUGUUGCAUUGGAAAAUUUUUAUACUUUAAAAAGAUAUUGUGUACUGUGGACAUUUUUUGAAUUACAAAGUAAGUAAAAGUGCACAAAUGGUGUUUUUGCUGGAAAAAUUGCUUUAAAUGGACACGACACACUCAUUUCUAUCAACAUUGAUUUGAGAAGCAAUUGCUUUUAUGUAAAAAUGUUCCAUGUCUAACAAAGGAGAUCUGUCAUUCUUAUUGCUAACAUAUUUUUUGUUAGAAAUUGAUUCAUUAAAGCCGCUAAAUAGAAAAGUGAAUUUUGGACAAUCGGUUUUUUAGUUUUUACAAAACAUUGACUAGUUUAUGAUUUUUUUUGAGGAUGCCAUCAGUUAUUCCAGCUUCAACCUUAAUAAAUUCUUCUAUUUCGAAUGAUAUGAUGAAUUCGCCAACGAAUUUGCGUCCUACUGAUUCUAGCGUUCCUUCUUCUGAGGGCGUCGCAUCUAAGCAUGACUCUCAAUUAAUGCAACACAUGUUUCGCGCAUUUGUUGGUAAAGCAUUGGAUGACAAGUCAUCGGGAAAUGUUGCUGCGUACGAGGAUAUGAGAAGACAAUUCUCUAUAAGGCCUGAUUCCAAAGAUGCUCCUUCGUCCGUGCAAAUCCAAAACCUUUUAUCAGCGCUCACGUGCAACGUAUCCCGACUUGAUAGUUCCUGUUCAUCUCUAAUUACGAGCAUACUUGGUUCGGUGUGGGUAUCGAGAGAUGAGUCUUUUGUCCGUUGCUACACAAAGUUUCUGGGACAUUUGCUGUCUGCUCAAUCGACCUAUAUGCCUUUAGUCAUGACCAUGCUUAUACAGCACAUGUGCUACCAGAGUAAUAGUUUAGCAAUUCAUUAUGAACAUGCUCAUAUGGCUUUAAAAUAUGUGUUAGAUCUCGUCCCUCGUGCGCAUUCUUACUUGUAUAGUUGUAUACUUGAGGAGUUUCCGUACAAGGAUGAAAGUAUUCUAGCACAAAUGACCUAUAUUUCGAACGUUUUAAGUAUUUGUGAAUAUGUACCAUCUCUUAAAGGUCCUGUAUUGCAUGCAGUUAUUGAUAAAAUUAUCCAAGUUGAUGUGGAGAUUCAAGUAGAACUUGAUAUUGAGGAUGAUGAGGAUUCAGAUUCUUCAGACGAUGCUGCCUCCGAUGUACUGACUGCGUCCGCUUUAUAUGAGCGCCACGCUGGUGCUUCGGAGGAUCUUACUGCUAGUACCCUGUUGAAUGAUGAUCCCUUAUCCCCCGUUGAUACCAAACAAACUCUGCUGCAACUGGACCAACUUUUGUAUACAUUGUUUUCUUAUUUAUCAAAGAAUUUAAACCAGAGUAGGGAUCGCUAUGUUGUUUACAAUAGUUUGAUUCGAUCGUUUGUUAACACUGUUCUUAAAACCUUUCGCUGUCGCUAUACACAAUUCCUAAUCUUCUGGGCCUCUCAGCUGAAUCCAGAAUUUACAGACAUUUUUUUGGGAGUGCUGACUGAAGUAUGCUUGGAUCCAUCGCAACCCUAUACGCUUCGAAUUAGUGGAGCAAUGUACCUCGGGUCUUAUGUUGCUCGUGCUAAAACUUUGGAAGCCUCAACAAUUCAAAUUAUUGUUGGUUUGAUGACCCGAUGGAUGGAAGCAUACUUAGAUCAAUGUGAAAACGAGUUAUCGGAUGAUUUGAUAUCCAAACAUUCUGUCUUCUACGCCAUUAACCAAAGCGUGCUAUAUAUUUAUUGUUUCCGUUGGCAGGAACUCCGAAUUUCGGAUGAGACCGACCCAAUGGAUCCAAAACCAGCAGAAUGGCUCCCAGGCCUUGAAGUCCUCCAUCGAUCCGUUCUCUCCCGUCUAAAUCCGUUGCGCUAUUGUUCACCCAAUAUAGUUCACCAGUUUGCUAGAAUUGCAAAUCACUUGAAUUUCAUGUAUGUUUAUUCCAUUCUAGAACAAAACAGAAAAGGUUCAAUACGAGAUGGAUUAGAGACGAUUGAUUCGUUUUUCCCUUUUGAUCCAUAUCGCCUAUCCAAAUCAUCAUCGAUAGUUCAACCAUUUUAUAAUGAAUGGCGACCGGUCCCGGGAAUGGAUGAUAUGGAUGAAGCUGAAGAUGAACCUGUGAGUGAUUAUCCUCUCGUAUCGUCGUUGUAAACAAAGAAUCAUUAGAAAACGGACUUCACGAAGGUAUUAUGGUUUAUAGGAUCCGCCGCGUGGAAUUAUAAACUACUGGUUAGUGUUUAUUUAAUGUAAUGAUGUCAAUCGAAAUUAGCAUAAUAAAAUUGAGAUACCAAUAGUGACUUGAAUAUUUGAGUAUGUUGGCUAGCAUUUUUUAAAGCGUAAGACCUAUUACAACCAUUUUCAGAUUUCCUGAUGCAUCUAGG